AAUUAAGCAUGUACAACGGUCUAAUAGCUAAUAUAGGAAACAUGAGAAUCAAAAAGAUAUAGAGAAUAUCUUCCAAUACAUAAUCAAUCCUAGCCCACCGUUGCAUCUGAUUGAAACAAUGAAUUAAGAGAGCAACACAUACACAUGAUGUUGGACUGCUACAACCCCGCCUUCAAUAACUUCAUCCAUGGAUCAUCAUGCCAAUCCUACCUCACCUUCUGCUCUUCUCCGCCCCACUAUGACACUCCUUUCUCCAUCUCUUAUCUUUUGGGCGUCCCAGAGUCUGUCUCUCUGCUUACCAUUCCCUCCGACACUCAGCUCAUCGUCCCCGUCACCUGUUCCUGCCAUGCCCGCCGCUACUACAGCACAACACCACCUACGCUCUCAAGCUCCCUACAGAGACUUACUUCAACGUCGCCAACGAUACCUACUAGGGGCUCUCCGCUACUACCAGCUCAUUUGGAUUUUAAUUUUGUUAUAAGAAGUUCACUUUCUUGGAGCUGCAAUGGAUUCGCCACAAAUUUGUUGUCCCGCCAUUCAAAUUUGAUUAUUCUAUUCGGAACUCUAGUACUUUAUCUAAGGAUGAAGAAGCUUUUAAAUAUGAUAAAGAUCAACAGCUGCCUAAAGUUUUCAUUGAUUCACAAUUGCAAAAGCUUACUAAAGCCAAUGGGAAAAAAGCACGUUGGCUAAGAUGAGAGAAUAGUUUUUAUUGGUACAAUUUAUUAUAUAUGGAAGAUGUGAUUAUGAAGCUCAUGGCAAGUGAUAGUGUUACUUUGAGAAUGAAUCAAAUUUAUAGGAAUUGGCAGAUUGUAUAGUGUUUAGACGUAUAUUGUGUCUAGGACGGUUUCUUUUUAUUAAUUUAAAAAAUAUAAUUCUUAGUAAAACGUCCCCUCUUAUAAUA